AUGAGAAUUUUACCUUUCUUGAUUACGGUGAUUUCCGCUCACCGCGUGUUGAAUGGUUUGAGCGACGGUAUCGAUAACUUCGUCGAAAUUCAAGCUCGUGACGACAACCAAGGCAAUGCCCAAAUUGACGCUCAACCCGAGCAAAGUGACAAUCAAAACCAAAACCAAGGACAAGAUAACAACCAAGGUUCCAACAAUGACAACAAUCAAGGGAACUCCCAGGGUCAAGAUCAAAACGGAAACGAUCAGGAUGGAGAUCAAGCUGUAAACCAGCUUCAGAGCAUCGCCACUACUCAAAUCACCAAAGCAACUGACGGCAAUGAUCAAACAACCACCCAAGUUAACACUCAACCAAAAGCUUUACCAACUGCUCUUUUCUAUACCUAUGUCCCUCCCCAAGUUAAAGAUGACGCUAAAAGUUUGAGCACAAUUGGAAAGUGGGAUGUAUACGCCAGUGACGAAGCAGCCAAUAUUGGUGAUGCUGAUUUCUUAAGCAUCUUAGACAAUGUUGCUGCAGCAUGCGUCGAUGGAAACAGCAUUCAAUGUCAGGAGGAUAAGUCAUAUGGCUUGGACACCAACCUUAUCUAUGGCGGUUACCUUGACCAUACCCAAAAGAAGAUUAUGUUUCGAGGCAAUUUUGCAAGUGAAGCUCGGUUGAAAAAAGCGGUUGAAAUUCUUAAGCAAGUUUACGCCGACGGCUACAAGCAAAAGAAAGACGUACAAGCUCAGCAGUAUGGCAACGGGAAGAGAAUCAUGGACUUCAACCCUAUUGCUGAAGGAGUGCACAAUGUUGUGAGAGAUCAGAACUACGUGCCAAAAGUUGUAGGAGUUCAGUUUUACAACACUGAUGAAGCUGAAGGCGGAAAAUUGAUGAUUCGAAUUGAUAAUGCAGCAACCGAAGACAGCAGCUUUUUGUCAGUUUUAUUUGGAUCUUUUGCUGCCGCUGCGGGCAUCUUCGCUGGGGGCGUGGGGGGGAUGUUAGUAAAUGGCGUUGCACUCAGCGCCAGCAGUAUUUUGGGUGAUCAGGGUGUCUCCAACCCCCCCUGGCCAUACUAG